AUGAAAAACGGUAAAUGGGAAACUCUUGGAUGUAAAGUCAGCGAUGAGAGUCGAGCCCAAAUGAGAGAAAAUGGAAAAAUGCACUUAUCGAGGUCGGGUGGAGUGGAGGUUCACGGCAAUUUCUUCACCGCCUUUGGGCAGUUCGCGCUUUCUGCCACACCACCUUCCUGUUCCUGCAGUAAUUCAAUCAUCUUUUGCGACCGAGAACAGCAAGCCGAUUGUCGCAUUUUACCAACAUCCAUCAACUGUCAACCACCACAUCGAGUAUUCAUCAUGGCGGCACACGGCGCCAAUGGCGAGGCCUCUGUCGGCUCCAGUGAGCCCCGACAAAAGGGAAAGGCUACCCCGGAAACAAUCAGAGCAGGAUGCAUCGCCAUGGUCAAAAAGGAAGGCAUCCCACGUCGAGCAGAGAUUCUUAGUAUCAAAGAAACAAAGAGCGGUCGCCAAUUUUACUGCAACUUUGACAAUUUCAACAAACGUCUCGACGAAUGGGUGCCGACGAUCCGAAUCGAUUUCGACCAAGAUGUCGAGUGGCCAUUACCCGACAAGGACAAACCGAAAGAUCCUAAGACGAAGAAAGGUGUUGCCACGUCAAAAAAUAAGGUCUCAAAGAAAUCUCAGAAGCGACCUUCGAAGAGGGAGCAAUCUGCGCCUUCAGAGGCCGCGACGCCGCACCCAUGGACCGAGUUCGUCGAGUCACAGAGCCGUAAGAUGACGCCGACGGCCGAGGAGAGCCAAAGCCAGACCCCGGCCACAGCUACGGGCGAUGCAACGGCCACCCCCGCAGCUGGAGGCGAUGAAAUGGAAAUUGACCUGGAGGAGGAGGUCCAGAAGAAAGAUUUACUCAGUGGCUUCAGCCGAGAAGACGAGAUCGAGAAGUUGAGGACACACGGCUCUAUGACGCAGAAUCCGGCCGAGAUCUCCCGGAUUCGAAAUAUCUCCAAGGUCCAGUUUGGAAAGCACGACUUGUUCCCAUGGUACUUUUCCCCAUACCCUGAGGUAUUCAACCAGGAAGAUGUUAUUUUCAUCUGCGAGUUUUGCCUCGGGUACUAUGGCGACGAGAAAUCCUUUGUUAGGCACAGGCACAAGUGUACUCUGCAGCACCCUCCUGGAAACGAGAUCUACCGCGACGAGUCUGUCUCUUUCUUUGAGAUUGACGGCAGACGGCAGCGCACCUACUGCCGUAACCUGUGUCUCUUGUCCAAGAUGUUCCUUGACCACAAGACACUAUACUACGAUGUCGACCCCUUCUUGUUCUACGUCAUGACGAGUCGAAGCGAUAAGGGCUGCCACAUUAUCGGUUACUUUUCCAAAGAAAAGGAGAGCGCGGACGGAUACAACGUAGCUUGUAUCUUGACUCUGCCCCAGUACCAGCGCAAAGGUUAUGGUCGAUUGCUCAUCCAGUUCUCGUACGAACUAUCAAGGAUCGAAGGCAAGCUUGGUUCGCCAGAAAAGCCGCUUUCUGAUUUGGGUCUGCUGAGUUAUCGGCAAUACUGGGGCGAGAACAUCUUGGAUCUCAUUGUGGGUUACAAUGAGCGCGAUGAGAAGACUACGAUUGAAGCCAUCUCGACGGCUCUUGCCAUAAUUCCGCAGGACGUGGAGCACACCUUACAGGCGCUUAAGAUGCAGGUGUAUCAUAAGGGAGAGCACAAGAUCGUGAUUCCCGAGAAGCUGAUCCAGCAGAGGGUGAAGCAGAAGGUGAAGCAGAAGCGAUUGAUUGACCCGAGCAAGAUCCAGUGGAAGCCACCAGUAUUUACGGCUUCUACGAGAACAUGGGCGCAUUUCCUAUCUUUGGCGCCUCCGCAUUCGGAGGCGACAACCUUGAACUUCACUCUGACAUACAACUAUAGUGAACCAAAAGCUCGAGCGGAGGUGAUGAAGCAUCGCGUGACAACUGUAUCAAAACACUUUGCUCAAUUACCUCACCACCGGCGACCCCUCACACACGACACCCGCAUCUCUUCAACUUGCGCGACCAGCGUAAACACUCGCAAGCUGCCAUUUAAUUUUGAUCCACACUCAGCACCUCGACGAUCCUUCUUCACCUCGGCAAAUUCUCUCUCAUCAUCAAGCAUGAACGCCCCCUUGCACAAGAAGCCAAUCAACCUCCUCCGAGGCUGGCCCUCGCCAUCCCUCCUCCCCGCCGCAGCCCUCUCCGCCGCGGCCGUAAAGACCCUCGCCGACCCCGCCGCCUACGUCCCGGGGCUCCAGUACGGUCCGGAUCCGGGAUACCAGCCUCUCCGCGAGUCCAUCGCCCGCUGGCUGGCGGCAUUUUACCCCGCCGUCGACCCCGCACCUCCGUCUGCCGCGGAUGAUGCCACCACCACUACUGUCGCCGCCGGCCACCACGCGCCCGAUGUCCGGCGCAUCUGCGUCACGGGCGGCGCAAGCCAGAAUCUGGCUUGCAUUCUGCAGUCCUUUACUGAUCCGCUCUACACGAAGAAUGUCUGGAUGGUGGCGCCGUGCUACUUUCUCGCCUGCCCCAUCUUUGCUGACGCUGGGUUCGACGGACGUCUGAAGGCAGUUCCUGAAGAUGAUGAUGGUAUCGAUAUCGAGUACUUGAGAAAGGGGCUCGAGGCCGCAGGAGAAGGCGGCGAUGAGCACUUCAAAGAAGCCAAAAAGAGAAAACUCUACCGCCACAUAAUCUACCUCGUCCCAACCUGCUCCAACCCGACAGGCAAAACGAUGUCCCUCCGCCGUCGCCACGAGCUCGUCCUCCUCGCCCGCAAACACGACGCCCUCCUCGUCUCCGACGACGUCUACGACUUCCUCCAAUGGCCCCUCUCCACCCCUCCUCAGCCAGGCUACACCCCCGAAAUGCGCAUCCCCCGCCUCGUAGACAUCGACCGCAGCCUAGGCGUCCCCGACGCCUCCUUCGGCAACGCGGUCUCCAACGGCUCCUUCAGCAAGAUCGUCGCGCCCGGCGUGCGCACGGGGUGGGCGGAGGGCAGUCCCGCGUUCGCAUACGGGUUAUCGCAGACGGGGUCAACGUGUAGCGGUGGCGCGCCGAGCCAGUUGGCCGCCAUGAUGGUCGCGGAGCUGCUCGAGAGCGGUGAGCUGCAGAGGCAGCUUGAUCAGGAGACGCGUCCCGCGCUCGCGAGACGACAUGGGGCUAUGAUGCAAGCGAUUGCGGAGUACAUCCAGAAGCCGCUUGGCGAGGGUGUCGUUGUGCGCGGGUCGGCGUUGAAGGGGGCUGAGGUGUUUGGCGGGUACUUUGUGUGGUUUAGUUUGCCUGAGGGUAUGUCGAGUCGGGAGGUUGCUGUGAGGGCUAAGGAGACGGAGAAUCUGGUGAUUGGGCACGGUGCGCAGUUUGAGGUGCAUGGGGAUGAGGACGCUGCGAGGUUCGAUCGGGAGAUUCGAUUGUGUUUCUCGUGGGAGCCGGAGGAGGACGUCGUGGAGGGUGUGAAGAGGUUGGGAGCGGUGUUGAAGGCUAUGAAGGAUGGUGUUAAGUGGAAGUCCUCGAGUACGCUGGACGUAGAUAACGUCAAAUAA